GUCUGAGCCGCGGAAACAAGAUGACGAAGGGGACAUCGACGUUUGGAAAGCACUGCAGUAAGACGCAUGCGUUUAGCCGCCGCUGUGGCUUGAAGGCCUACCACCUUCAGAAGUCAACCUGUGGCAAAUGUGGCUAUCUUGCCAAGCGGAAGAGAAAGUAUAACUGGAGUGCCAAGGCUAAAGGAAGAAAUACCACUGGGACCGGUCAAAUGAGGCACCUAAAAAUUACACACCACAGAUUCCGACCUGGAUUCCAGGAAGACAAGAGGGCAGCUGUUGCAGCAUCCAGUUCAUCUGAAGGAUUUCAGUGAUUAGUCACACAAUAA